AUGUAUUGUUUAUCUCGUGUUCUUUGGCGACCAUAUUCGUGGUCAAUGUCAAAAUGCAGGUUAUCAUCGGUUGGUAUUGCAUGUCAUCUAUUAUGUAUUCGAUCACAUUCAUCAUUGUCCAAACCUCCUAUUCAAUUCAGUUUCGUACCACCAAAAUUACCGGUGGAAUUGGAACAAUAUGGCCAUCUACUUGUUGAAUAUGUUUCAUCUAUGUGCAUGGCAUUCAAUAUUCAAGCUAUGACAUGUAUCACCACACUUGAAAGUUAUCAUAGUAUGGAUAAAUUAGAGAUGCAACGUGAAUUUCUUACCAUUGAUGCUGAUCGACAACGACAAAUAACUUAUUUAACCAGUGAACUUUUGAAGGCUAGUCAUCGAUUUAAUCUACAAGGUGCAAUUGAAUUUAUUUGUGAACGAAUAAAAUCCCGAUCAUCAUCGUCUGCUUCACAUUCAUCUCCGAUUUCUACAAACGUCAUAGACAAGCCGAUGCACAUGUUAUUAAAUGAUCAUGAAUUUUAUCAUGAACUUUCACAAGCAGUACUUUUGAAUCAGAUUGUCUUCAAUGAUAUUCAACGUUCGAUGAUGGGAUUAUAUCAUUCAUUAAGUACAUACUUUCAUUCUCAACAGACAUCCGAAAAUAUUGUUAUUGAUGCUCGUUUACUUGUUCCCUCUGAACAAUUCGUGAUUGGUGUAUUAUUUAAACGAUUUAAUAUUCCAUCGAUAUAUAUUGAUAAGGACGGUAAUAUAGCUAUGUUUCCGUACAAUCUGAAAGAUAUAUCAUCUGGCCACCAAGAUAUACAUGAAGCUGAACAAAAACAAUUAGAAAAAGAAAAUGAAGUUUGUUUUAAAAAAAAUGUUUGUUUUUUUGAAAUAAAUAUUUCAUCUCUAGAUUGAACGUUUAAAAAUGAUGGAAACAGGGUGUGGGUGUGGUUGAUAAGAACACUAACAAUGAACAUUCACACCCACAUCCACAGCCACACCUCACCCACAUCCACAGCCACACCCCACCCACACCCCACACACCCACACCCACACCCUCAAGAAGUCUCUCGGUCUUCUCUUUCGAUUGGUGGAAACCGCAGAUUUCUAGCUACUUGCACUCAGAUUAUUUAAAAAACAGUGGUGGAUAAUAAAGUGACACUACGAUGUCAGAAAAGAUCAGUUAUUUCUUGGUAUAAUGACUAACUUCUCAUUGCACUUGAUCUAUACCAUUAAUGACGUAAGCAAUCAUCUUACUCUUUGUAAUAAUACCGGGUAUUUUCAAGACCGUCGGUCUUUUUUCUUUCUAUAAUUCCCCUUUUUUUUGUCUUUGCCACAUAGUACGACUGCGUUCACCUUUCUUUCUUUCCUG